CUUUUGGAUGAAAGAUGUCAGGGGAGACGAAAUUCAGUGUCAUGUGCAGUCUCUUCAACUGGAUUCAGAAAUCCAAAUCUUCUACGAAGAAGAGAUCUAAGUUUCGGAAAUUCCUCGAUACGUAUUGUAAACCCACAGAUUACUUCGCCGCUGUCAGAUUAAUCCUUCCCAACCUCGACAGAGAGCGAGGAUCUUACGGCUUGAAGGAGUCGGUGCUAGCCACUUGUAUCAUCGACGCCCUUGGCAUGUCCAGAGAAUCUCCUGAUGCUCUUCGUCUCAUCAAUUGGCGUAAAGGGGGAGCCAAAACUGGUGUUAAUGCCGGCAACUUCUCACUAGUCGCUUCCGAGGUUCUACAGAGGAGACAGGGCAUGAUUUCUGGUGGACUAACUAUUAAGGAGUUAAAUGACUUGCUUGAUUGCUUAGCAUCGAGUGAAAAUAGAACAGAGAAGAUUUCUGUUCUUUCUGAUCUGAUCAAGAAAACAAAUGCACAAGAAAUGAAGUGGAUCAUCAUGAUUAUCCUUAAAGAUCUCAAGUUGGGAAUCAGUGAAAAAAGCAUCUUCCAUGAAUUUCACCCCGAUGCUGAAGACUUGUUUAAUGUCACUUGUGACCUAAAACUGGUUUGUGAGAGGUUGAGGGAUCGACAUCAACGGCACAAGCGCCAGGAUAUAGAGGUUGGAAAAGCUGUACGCCCUCAAUUGGCUUUGAGGGUUGCUAAUGCAGCUAGUGCAUGGAAAAAGCUUCAUGGAAAGGAAGUUGUCAUUGAGUGCAAAUUUGAUGGUGACCGUAUCCAAAUCCAUAAGAACGGAGAAGAUAUACACUUCUUUUCGAGGAAUUUUCUUGAUCAUCCAGAAUAUAUACAUGGGAUGUCAAAUAUUAUCAUCCAAAAUGUUCUUGUUGACAGGUGUAUACUUGAUGGGGAAAUGUUAGUUUGGGACACAUCAAAUGAGCGUUUUGCUGAAUUUGGUUCAAAUCAAGAAAUAGCCAAGGCUGCAAAAGAGGGACUUGCUAGUGAGCGACAGUUAUGCUACGUGGCAUUUGAUAUUCUCUAUGAUGGAGACACCAGUGUUAUCCAUCAAAGCCUAAAGGAACGUCAUGAGCUGCUAAAGAAGGUUGUGAAGCCAGUCAAGGGUCGUCUGGAGAUCUUGGUUCCUGAUGGCGGUCUUAAUGUUCAUAGGACUGUUGGGGAACCUUGUUGGUCACAAGUUGCUCAUAAUGUUGACGAUGUUGAGACAUUUUUUAAACGAACCAUUGAGAACAGAGAUGAAGGAAUUGUUUUGAAAGACCUUGGCUCCAAGUGGGAACCUAGUGAUCGGAGUGGCAAGUGGUUGAAGUUAAAACCUGAAUAUGUUAGAGCUGGAGCUGAUUUGGAUGUUCUCAUAAUAGGAGGAUAUUACGGCUCUGGUCGUCGUGGUGGACAGGUUGCUCAAUUUUUGGUGGGCCUGGCAGAGCGCCCUGCCUCAAACACCUAUCCUAGGCGGUUCAUUUCCUUCUGCAGAGUGGGUACUGGACUCUCUGAUGAGGAGCUCGAUGCUGUUGUAAAUAAAUUAAAGCCUUAUUUUAGGAAAUACGAAUACCCGAAGAAGGGUCCCCCUAGCUAUUUCAAGGUCACAAAUAACUCAAAAGAGAGACCAGAUGUCUGGAUUGAUAGUCCUGAGAAAUCAAUCAUACUUUCUAUCACCAGCGACAUCCGUACAAUUCGCUCUGAGGUUUUUGCUGCUCCGUACAGCUUGAGGUUUCCUCGAAUAGACAAAGUAAGGGAUGAUAAACCUUGGCAUGAAUGCCUUGAUGUGGAAUCUUUUGUAGAACUGGUGCAUUCUAGCAAUCAUACGACGCAAUGGGGGGGAAAUUAUGAAAAGCAACAGGAAAAUAAACCAAAACGAUCAAAAUCAUCAAGGACUGCAGAUAAGAAGAGUAGUUCUGUCGUUCCUUCUCACCUCCUUCAGACUGAUGUUUCUCAGAUUAAGGGAGAGACCUUGAUAUUUUCGAAUAUGAUGUUUUACUUUGUUAAUGUACCUCCGACACAUUCUUUGGAUUCAUUUCAUAAAAUGGUGGCAGAAAAUGGUGGUACCUUUUCAAUGAAUUUGAAUAACUCGGUUACUCACUGUAUUGCUGCAGAGAGUAGAGGGAUCAAGUUUCAAGGUGCAAAGAACCAUGGUGAUGUUAUCCACUACUCGUGGCUGCUUGAUUGUUGUUCACAGAAGAAACUUGUUCCCUUACAACCCAAGUAUUUCCUUGUCCUUUCUGAGUCUUCCAAGAAGAAAUUACAGGAAGAGAUUGAUGAAUUUUCGGACGCUUACUACUUGGAUAUUGACAUUAAAGAUAUGGAACAGCUUUUGAAUAACAUCAAUAGAUCCGAGGAUUCUAAAACCAUAGACUAUUAUACGAAGAAAUACUGUCCUUUGGAAAAAUGGUCGCGCUUCAAUGGGUGCUGCAUGUACUUCUAUAAGCCAGCAAACUGCCUGGGUUUGGAUUGGGAAGCUUUACUUGAACUUACAACGAGGAGGAUAAAGCUCGAAGUUUGCUUUGGUGGUGGCAAAGUUAGCAGUUCUAUCUCUAACGCUACUCAUUUGGUGGUCAUGUCUUUGCCAGGAUUCAAUGUGGACUUUGAUACUAUCGUAAAAAGUUUCUCAGCAUCGGAGAGGCGUCUGUUAAGGAACAAAAAUUUACAUAUUGUUGACUGUCAAUGGUUAGAAGACUGUUCCGAAAAGGACCUGAUGCUGCAAGAGGAAGAAUACAGUAUGAGACCAUCUGGUUUUAUUUUUACAGAAUCAACUUCAUCCGAUGAACAUAAACUCGAGCCAGAAACCUUCUCAAGCUUGAAAAAAGAAGAUAAAGAUGAGAAGAAAAACACAGUUAAUAUAGAAGUACCGACUUCAGAUAAAUAUGGCAGAAAUAGAGGGGGGAAGAUGAGAGGGAGACCAAUUAACACGAAAACAAGUACUAGAGGAAGGAUAGGUUUGAACCAGCGUCAAAGAACCAGGGCAAGAUCUGGCAACAAGGCUGUGAAAAUACAUGAACACGUAUCCGCCGAUGAUGAUGAUGAUGAUGAGGUUCCUGUAGAUGAAAGCCAUGUGAAGGAUGAUGAAAAGAGUUGGCAUGAAAUGCAAGAUGUCAUUGCAGAAGACACGGAAGUCGUAGAAAAAGCCAUUAAUGUAUCUCCUAAUGCAAAAGUUACCACAGAAUAUAGUGGCAAAAUGGCCGAUGCUGCUGCUAAUAAAGAAAGCGAUAAACUGGAAGUCAUGGUUGACCCUGUUCAAGCCAUGUUGCUAGAUAUGAUCCCGAGCCUGGAGCCAAAGACCGAAAACAAAACCGUUGUGGAUCCGCCUGUUGCCAAGAGAGGAAACCCAACUUUGGAUUCUAAUCCAGGGCCUUCAAAGAAGAAGAAAGUCAGUUACAAGGAUUUGGCCAUGGAGCUGCUCAAAGAUUAGUGUUCUUAUCUUACAAAAUCUUUGUUUAUGGUCAAAAUGUACACAUUGACUCUCUUUGAGGUUCUUGUUGGGACUUGGAAGUGUUCUAAGGACUUUGAAUCGUUCUAUGUACAAAUUCUAAUUGCACUGUGUUUUCAAGUCUUUCUGUAAAACUAUCGGUUUAAAAGUCAAA